UUGAGCAAACGAAUGAUAAGUCCCAGUACAACGCAAUAUCAAGAACCGCCAGCAAAAUUCUCACACUGUGUCGUCCGUGGCGCUUCCUGAGUAUCUCGCACCCUGUCUGUGCGAAUGGUUCUUUUAAGUUAGAGAUUGCCGCAUUUCUUUCAGUUUCCAAUGGCCUCUUCCAGUUCGAGGAAGCCCUCAAUCUGUUGGGGUUUCCUCGUGUUUCUGGUACUUCUUGCCUAUCGUUGCGAUGCCUUCUAUCUUCCCGGAAGCUACAUGAAAGUUUACUCCCCUGGAGAUCCUAUAUUUGCUAAGGUUAAUUCCUUGACUUCCAUUGAAACCGAGCUUCCCUUCAAUUACUAUAGUCUCCCCUACUGCAAACCACCGGAUGGUGUCAAGAAAAGUGCAGAGAAUCUUGGGGAGCUGCUUAUGGGUGAUCAGAUCGAUAACUCUCCUUAUCGUUUUCGCAUGAAUGUAAAUGAAACAGUCUACCUUUGUACUACCCAGCCUUUGAGUGAGGUUCAAGUGAAGCUUUUGAAACAGAGAACCCGUGAUCUCUAUCAGGUAAACAUGAUACUGGAUAAUUUACCAGCCAUGAGAUUUACCCAACAAAAUGGGGUUAAAAUCCAGUGGACUGGGUUUCCAGUUGGGUAUACACCAUCAAACAGUGAGGAUGAUUAUAUCAUUAAUCACCUAAAGUUCACAGUCUUAGUUCAUGAGUACGAGGGGAGUGGUGUGGAAAUAAUUGGCACUGGGGAAGAAGGUAUGGGUGUGAUUUCGCGAACUGAGCAGAAGAAGUCUUCUGGAUUCGAGAUUGUUGGAUUUCAGGUUGCACCUUGUAGUGUUAAACAUAAAUUUGAUCCUGAAACUAUGAAAAAGUAUAAAAUGUUUGAGAAUAUCACACAUAUAGACUGUCCGACAGAACUUGAUAAGUCCCAGAUUAUCAGGGAGAAAGAGCAAGUAUCAUUCACUUAUGAGGUGCAGUUUGUCAAAAGUGAAAUACGGUGGCCGUCGAGAUGGGAUGCGUAUUUGAGAAUGGAGGGUUCCAAAGUACACUGGUUCUCUAUUUUAAAUUCUCUAAUGGUAAUCUUCUUCUUAGCUAGUAUAGUUUUUGUCAUAUUCUUAAGGACUGUGAGAAGAGAUUUGACAAGGUAUGAGGAGUUGGAUAAAGAAUCUCAAGCGCAGAUGAAUGAGGAGCUCUCUGGAUGGAAACUUGUGGUGGGAGAUGUGUUCAGGGAACCUGAUUGUUCGAAGCUCCUUUGUGUGAUGGUUGGUGAUGGCGUUCAAAUCUUGGGGAUGGCAGUUGUUACUGUUGUUUGUACAGCCUUUGGCUUCAUGUCACCAGCUUCAAGAGGAAUGCUACUGACAGGGAUGAUUAUUCUUUAUCUUUUCCUUGGGAUUAUUGCGGGUUAUGUCGGCGUACGUGCAUGGAGAACCAUUAAAGGAACAUCGGAAGGGUGGCGGUCGGUUUCCUGGUCAAUUGCUUGCUUCUUUCCUGGGAUUGUCUUCGUCAUUCUUACAAUACUGAACUUCAUACUUUGGAGCAGCAAGAGUACGGGUGCCAUUCCCAUCUCACUAUAUUUCGAACUCUUGGCUCUCUGGUUUUGCAUAUCUGUGCCACUCACCCUGCUGGGAGGGUUCUUUGGCACACGAGCAGUGGAAAUUCAAUUUCCUGCAAGAACCAACCAAAUUCCGAGGGAAAUUCCUGCACAAAAGUACCCAUCUUGGCUUCUCAUUCUUGGAGCUGGGACCCUUCCCUUUGGAACCCUUUUCAUCGAACUCUUCUUUAUCCUUUCUAGUAUCUGGCUUGGAAGGUUCUAUUAUGUUUUUGGCUUCCUACUGAUAGUCUUAUCUUUGCUGGUUAUUGUGUGUGCUGAGGUAUCACUCGUCCUUACCUACAUGCAUGUGUGUGUGGAAGAUUGGCGGUGGUGGUGGAAGGCUUUCUUUGCUUCUGGUUCCGUUGCUCUUUACGUGUUCUUAUAUUCCAUCCACUACUUAGUCUUUGAGCUGCAGAGUUUGAGCGGCCCAGUAUCAGCCAUUCUUUAUCUUGGUUAUUCAUUGAUCAUGGCAACGGCAAUCAUGUUGUCAACUGGCACCAUCGGCUUCUUGACGUCCUUCUACUUUGUUCACUACCUAUUUUCAUCAGUAAAGAUAGAUUAGAAAUAGCCAACACCGCCCUUGAACGCGCAGGCCGUGGAUGCUUUCGGUAACGUUUUGGCUCUUUGGUUAGUCCCCCGGUACUUCUUUUUUCACCUUAGCAAGUUUCUUAGGCAAAUGGUCUUGGGAGCUGGUAUGUUAUAUAUGGAGUGAAGUGGAGUGAAGUCCAAAAGGAAAUUGCCUUGGUUUCUUAAUGCCAUUGAUCUCGUUUUGAUUGCGCGCUUUUAUCCAAUCAAUUUCAAAAUUGUUAGGUGAAUCUUGAAAAGUACCAUUGUUUCAGCCUUCCAUUAUUGUAUACCAUUUCAUUGUAUCGAUAUUUUCA